AUGGUGCUUUUCAUCAAAGCAAAUUUUCUUCCUGGACCAUCAAAUCAUUCUUUACAUUGGAACAAACAAACGGAUGAAAAGAACAACGCGAAUAAUAAUAUUUCUUAUAUAUUCUCUUCUCCGAAUAACGAUCAUUAUGACAAUAACGAUUUCUUUAUGUUAGGAACAAAUCAGACAAUGGUUUUUUCCACAUUUUUUGAUAAUUCAUCUCAAUUACUUUCAACUUCAUCGAUGUUUAUUUCGAUAUUUUUGGGAAUUAUUCUUUUCACAAUUACUAUUUGGACAAUUCUUGGAAAUAUUUUAGUUAUUCUUGCUUUUGUUACCGAUAAAAAGAUUCGACAAGGUGGAAUGUCGAAUUAUUUGAUAAUUAACUUAGCCAUAAGUGAUCUUCUUUUGGGUAUCGCUGUUUUACCAUUUUCAGCAUCGUAUUCUACAUUUGGAUUUUGGUAUUUUGGAAAAUAUCUUUGUGAAAUUUGGUUAGUUAUCGAUGUUCUUUGUUCUACAGCAUCAAUUUGGGGUUUAUUAAUGAUCGCAUUUGAUCGAUAUAUUGCGACGAAUUAUCCUAUUCGUUAUCGACAUCAUCGUCAUUCGAUUCGUUUGGCAUUGAUUUAUAUUUGUGUGGCUUGGUUUGUUUCAAUUGCCAUAUGUUUAUUACCAACAUUAUUCUUUGAAAAGAAAGUUCCGAUGUUCUCAGAAAUUCAAAACACAACAAUUUAUAUUUCACCAACAAAAUACACAGCAAAUAAUCGUCAAUGUGAAUUAUUUAAAGAUUUGAAUUUUGUUGUCAUCAGUUCAUUACUUUCAUUUUAUUUUCCAUUGGUUAUUAUGAUCUUUUUAUAUAUCAAAGUUUUGUAUGCAAUUCGACAACAAUCGUUGAAAAUGAAAAAGAAAUCACUAAUAACAACAAGUCUUAUUAAGAAAAAUACAAAUCGAACAACAAUAUCCGAUCUAAAUGAAAAAUCUCGAGAUUCUUCGUCAUCAAUCCGCGAAUCAUCAAAUAAAAAAUCCUUUCCUCGAUGUUGUUUCAAAUCUUCAACAAAUCAAACUCCAUCUAAAUCGAAACUUUUUCGUCAUCAAAGUGGUUCGAAAAUGUCUCAAAGUUCAUUCAUUACUGACGAUAUUCAACAUAACGAUCAACAACAAUUACGACGUCGAGAAAUUACUGCUGAAGCUCGCGUUACUCGAUCAUUAGCAGUUGUGAUCGGAUGUUUUAUUUGUUGCUGGUUACCAUUCUUUACUUUGUAUAUUAUACGAGCUGUUUGCCUUUGUUUAAGUUUUAAUGCCAUUGAAUUCUUUGUUUGGUUGGGCUAUUCAAAUUCGUCAAUUAAUCCUGUACUUUACGCCAUAUUGAACAAAAACUUUCGUCUCGCUUUUAAAAACAUUUUUAUCUCGGUCAAAAAAUUUCUUUUCGUAUAA